AUGGCAUCUGCAAAUUCAUACGGUGGCCCAAUAGCUCUCGAAAACUCAAAGUAUGCCAGUCCGUUACACAAGAAACCAUCUUCGGUCACUUCCACGCCUUUCCUGUCGCCUGUCGCCACUCCGAAAAGCGGCAGCACCACCGCAAUUGAGCAGCACAACUCUGACGUUCAACUCGCUAUUGCCCAUGGGAACCGUCUCUAUGAUGAGGUGAAUCAGCAUGCUGCGAAAUUGUCCGCCGUCAUUUCGGGCACGAUUGCAAACACUCACCGUUUACUCAACCUCAUUCGAGAGGCAUCUCCUGACACGAGCAAUGCCACCGUCGAGGCCCUGUGGAGUGAGUUGGAAAAGCUCUAUACUGCAAUGAAUGAUGCAAAGGCGGCACUGCCCACAUUUCUGGAUAAGCAGCGCAACAACAUCAGCUUGUACCACACUGCCAUGAUGAAUCAAAUGAUCCAAGACACACAGCACGAGCUAAACAUUCAGCACAAGAAGGUUAACAUUCAACAUGAUCUGAUCCUCGAACACCACGAAGCAUUCCAUGCAUACAAAGCGCAGACUGCCGCCAAAAUCAAAGACAUUGAGGCCCUUCAGGAACGUGUUUCGCGUCUCACGCUUGAAAAAGGCAAUCUCCGCACUGAAGUGGACAAGUACAUGCAGCUUCUCGAGAAGGAACACGCCACCGAGGCUGAAGACCUACGUAAGGCUGAUGCUAUGCAGAAGGAGCUAGAGACUAUCGCAGCUUCUAAUAAACAGCUCCUUGUAGAAGUCGAUGCGCUGCGACAGAAACUCGAAGAACAUCAGGGCAAGACCAAUACAGAUCAACAGUCUACCGAAAAGUUGAAGUUGAUCACUGGUCAACUCGCUGAAGAAAGGAAGACCACCGCAGCCCUCAUGGCAAAAAUCACUAAUUUAGGAGAGAGUGAACAUAUCGCCAGACUUGAUGCCGACAAAGCCAAAAAAGAGCACAAAACUCUAAGCGAGAAGUACAGCAACCAGGCAGCAGAGCAUGCAAAGGCGUUUGUGGUAUGCACAUUCGAUUGGACUAUUCAAGUGCAGAUGAAGCUAAUACAUGUACAGAAACUUAAAGAGCAAUCCAAAGAGAUCGACGGUCUGAAAAAUGGCAUUGGACGCUUACAGAAGGAAAACACUGAGUUGCAGCAGCGCCUGGCUAAGCUUACUGAUAUCGACCACCAAGUCAUCAAACUCGAUCAUGAAAACUUGGAGUUGUCGGGGCUUGUUAGCAGUCUUACUAGUCAGUUGAAAGCGGCCCAAGAUGAAGUGAGCAAUACCAGGUUUGAGAAGGAGGCGCUUUCCAAGAAGGUGGAGUCAUUGAGCAAGGCAGUCGAGCCUACGGAUUCCGAUACCGCCGAUCUCAUUCGCAAACAGGCCGAGAAAAUCGCCGUUCUCGAAAACACGCUGGAAGAGUGGACUGACCUAGCCAAGCGCUCGUAUAAGGAAUACAAGGACAUGCUUCCGACGUACAAGCAGGCCGAGCAGUAUCGCAAGGAUGCUCUCGACAGGGAAAAAACCAUUAAGGGUUUGCAAAAGGAACUCAUUACAGCCAAGGCUUCGCAGAACAACGGUGACACCACCUACUGGAAGAACAAACGGAGAAAUAGCGAAAGCACUAAGGAAGCAGCCGGCAAGAACAACAUCUGCAUCGAUCGUGCCAAGUUUCUUGUCAAGGAUGCUGCUGCUGCUCUUUUGGUUGUGUUUUAUCGUCUUUGUGUUGGCAUGGCUAUCCAUGUAGCGGGAAAGACUGGUACGAGAAUCCAGUGGCCAACGCACGGAACGAUGGAUCCGGUUAGUUGGUCAUGUUACAUCAACGUGCACCAAGCCAUUCCACGUGGUCUAGACAAUAAGUUCGAUGCGAGGCUAUGUUACGUUGGUGUGUUGCAGAAAGGCCAAGUAGUAGAUGCAUAUGCCAGCGAUAUCGGGAAGAGACAAGCCGGUUGCCCCUUUUUACAAAAUCAAGGAACUCCCAUGAUGGUCUACACCUUGGUGAAGGAUACUUCCUGCUCCGAGAAACCCCCCCAGCAUCUCCGUGAAUACACCUUCCGCACAAUCAGCGUACGUUUGGAUCUACAAUGGCAGAGCGACGGCCAGGAGAGGGCAUUCAUUGGCUGUCUAUUUGAUAACAUUCAAGAUGGUGUGGUUGAUCUGCAAGUCCGCUGCGAUCUGCACUGCAUGUGUACACUACACCUAGGCAGAGUCCGCGGAACUUUGCGGGGGAAGGGAAGGGAAGAAGGGAAGGUGUGGACGCCAAACUUUCCGUUGGACGGCGGUGUGGCUUGCAGAGGACCCUGGGCUAGAAGGCCCUCGAUUGCUUCGGUCAUAGUAGGGCGUCGUACGAAGUCAGUUUGCCCAGCCCGUCCAUGGACACACCGGAUGGAUAGUGCCCGCCCAUCAAAUGAAGCUACCGACAAGGGCCUAGGCUGCAAAGGGGCAAGAGACCUCGUGCAAGAUGAGGAUCAGGUGUGGCAAAACGGCGCUUCAGCUGCAGAUCGCCAAAAGCUUGACUGGUCAGGAGGCGCCGUGUCUGGCUGGCUGCCGUGGGCGAUGCGUUCACUCUACAGAUGCAUCGACGUGGGCCGCGAGUGGGAUACGGAGUUGAGGCGGAUUACGCAAAAAUGCCCUAGUCAAACAAUGGCUAGCGUGGGUGGAGUCUGUAAAAUCGCGUGUCGUCGCUAUGCAUGCGUGCCCUUCCACACAGACAUCAAGGCCUGUUAG